AUCGUGCGGGGUGCGGGAUCGGCGGAUCAUGGUGUCGUCCGACGUGUCCGUCAGCGCAUCGAGCCGCAUCGUCCGCGAGAAUGUAAAUAAAGCGCCGCUUAGCUGACCAGCCCGCCGAGCGUGAGAGCACGUCACCGCGAGCACCCGAGCAAUAUGCGCGCAGCCGAAUGCGCGACGACAGCCGGCCCGUCGAACAAUCACCAAAGGCGCGGAGAGGAGGUGUACGAUAAUGUCAGUCGUUUCGGUUCCUGGAGCGAAUUGUCGGCGACGAUGAAACCCCGAGCGAGUAGAUCUCGUCUUCGCGGAAGAUAGAGGCUUUCAGCUCCCAGGGAUAGAGGUGAAAUGAUAACGAAUGGCAGGAGGUGGCGAAGGCAAUUCGUUUUUUUCGAACGAGAGAGAACGUGACAGGGUAAAGAUGAACGUCCCAUUGUAUGGCGUUCUCGGAGCUGCCGCUACUCUGCUUGCUUACAUCCUCGGCAUAGGAACAGUUGUAAAACUUUUCAUCUGCUUGCUUGCGUUAAUUUUAGGGACAUUGAUCUGUAUAUAUAGAACGUACUCACCGAAUCUCGACGAUGUGAUUAAGUCUGAAAGGGAAGAUUUAUCUAAGAAGACUGAAAAGUUCCGGCAGCAUAUACUAGAUCAGUCUAAAGAGAGAAUGACAUUUACAUUAGAUAGGAGAAUAACUGGUAGCCGUAUCAUUGAUGAAUCCCUGCAAGAAAUUUUGGAUUUCUUGAUCAGAGAUUAUGUGGAACCGUGGUACAGCGUCGUUACGGAUGAUGAGGAGUUUAUCUAUUCCGUUCGAGAUACUGCCCAAAAAAUCGCAAUCAACGUAGCAAAUCGGGUCAAGAGUGUCGAUUGGAUACCGUACUUGACUACGCGACUCGUUGACGAUGCAGCCUCACACGUCAGGUUGUAUCGACAAGCAAGCGCGAGGAUGAAACAAUUACGAUCGAACAGGGUCCAGAAAAGUAGUGCCAGCUCAAGCACAUCGGGCGGGACUCCGAAAAAGACGCCCACUCAUCGACGAAAUAAGAGCGAGACCGAUGUAUCUUGGUAUUCGCAGUCGAAAUUUUAUACACCUAAUCUGUCAUCACUCACCGAGCCAAUUGAAUCGUCUGGUGACGACGAAAAGGAGGACGAAUCGCUGGAAAAGAUAUUCUUCGAUCUCGAGGUGCAGAUGGAAAGUAAUCUGAUAUGCAGAGACCUGGUAUGCAUGAACGACACCCAGGAAUUGGAGUUCCUGGGCGAGAUAUCCGAAAUCCUGUUGUACCUGGUAUUACCCAAGGCAGACUUCGAUUGUUUGACUGUAAGAUUUGUCUUAAGGGAAUUGUUAGUGAACGUUAUAAUCAGACCGUUGUUGGAUCUUUUCUCCGAUCCUGAUUAUAUUAAUCAGGCGUGUAUAUGGCUGUGUACUAAGGAUGGUGGUUUGCCAAGUGAUAUCUUUUUAACAGUAAUUAGAAUAACGGACAAUUUAGAUGAAUUAAUAGCGACAAAAAAUAUAAUUUGUAAAGAAAUAGCGCAUCUGCGCUCAAAAGACUCGGGCGGAGAUGACGAUCUGUCGGUGAAGCAACAACUGAACAGCUUGGUUUACGUGAAGAAAAUUCUGGAGACAAGGAUCAUCGGUAUGCAGGAGGGCUUAGAAACGGAAACGGACGGUAUCGGCGCUCAACCAGAAUGGAACAGAUUGCUCAUACCAGGCCAGAAGCUAGUUAAUUUACCAUUAGAUGAGUUGCUGAAGAACAACAUCGCACUCAGCUACUUCAUCGAUUAUAUGACCUCCAUAAAUGCAGAAGCGUACCUGUUCUUUUACCUGAAUAUCUAUGGAUGGAGGGUCUCGGCCGAGCAACAGAUAUCAGAUAUUGAGUUGCAAAAGAUCCAAAAUACCCAAUCUGGCACAGGUGUGAUCGGUACUAAACGCAAGAACGCGGAUCUGGAUAAUCUGAAGGAAGCAGCCUCGAAGAUCUAUCAGCAAUACCUCAGUGACAAAACAUCAUCUAAGCUGCAACUGGACGAUACGCUGGUAAAAAGCUUGCUCACGAGAACGAGGACAGAGCCGGUCAAAGAAACAUGGUUCGACGACCUGCGAAAUUGUUGCUACGAGAAACUGCAAAAUGAGGACAGGUUCUUGCCAGGCUUUAAAAGAUCAUUGGCUUAUGUAAAACUGCUCGCGGAGUUGGAUCUGCUGAAGGAUCCGGUGUCUGAAGACGACACAAAAUCAUUGGACAGCAUAAGCUUAUCGAGCACGAACAACGAAUUAGACACUUUGGAGGAAUUAUCCGAAACAUACAAAACCGAUGAGACAAAGCUCGUAGUAAAGGAAGGCGCUAAGAAAUCGAAUUCCUCGACGAGUUUAACGAGCAUCGGAGAGACGAACGAAAGUAGAGGAUUUGAUGAGGUUGAUUCGGACAAUUUCAAAGGCGUGAAAAAUACGCGUAUAGGGUCUACCGCGGAAAUCGAGCAAGUCGGUGAGAAGAAGGAUAUUUCGUUUUACGUGGAAACCAAUGCGGACCAGUUCGUCAAGUUGGACGAGAACAAUUACGAUCAAAAUGCAAUUAAAAAGCUGCAACAAGGCCGCUUUGAGAUAACUGCCACAAUCAUAGAAACCGGCAUCGUUAGCGAUCGCGGAAAAACAUACGGCAUAUAUGCGGUAGCAGUCACGAAGAAUUACGAUUCGGGCUACAAGGAGAAAUGGCAUAUCUACAGACGAUACUCUGACUUCUAUGAUUUGCACCAGAAGAUCAAGGAAAAGUAUUACGAUCUGGCGAAAAUACCAUUCCCCGCGAAGAAGGCCUUCCAUAACAUGGAGCGCACGGUGUUGGAGAGACGAAUGUUGAUGUUGAAUGGAUGGUUGUGCCAAUUGACGAAACCCGCGAUAAUGGGCGGUCACAUGGGAUUGCAGAAUCUAUUGUUGGCCUUCUUGGAGCAAGGGGAUUAUGAUAAAGGAGUCACUGGUGGACAGAUCUCGAGAACGAUAGACACUUUAAUGAAUCCCUUAAAAACAUCCAUGAAAAGUGUCACGCAGGCGGUUAAAACGAUGCCGGACAACAUGCUAAGUACAGUGGACGGCGUAAUGGAUAAUCUGAGCAAAUUUUUCGGCAAUCCUAAGAAGACGAGUAUAUUUUACGAGAAUACCAAAGUUAGCGCCGGUCUCGAUACAGAGACUGAUGAUAAUAUCCCAUUGCGUAUUAUGCUCCUGUUAAUGGACGAGAUUUUUGAUCUGAAAGUGCGAAAUCAAUGGCUGAGACGGCGGAUUAUAACGCUACUGCGCCAAAUCAUUCGUACGAUGUUUGGGGACAUAGUGAAUAGAAGGAUAGUGGAGUAUGUAUCGUUCAUGACCAGCCCGUCAAAAGUUGCAGGAUAUUUGCGCUUAUUCAAGAACAGUUUCUGGCCGAAUGGCGUGAAGGCCGAGAGUAAACCAUCGCGAGACACGGAAAUGAAGAACAGAACGCGAGUGGCAGCUAAAAUAGCUUUGCUUUCGUGCCUCUCGGAUGAAUUGAAACAUAUCAUAGGCAGCGAGACGACGAGGCGCGGCUUGCUGAGGGUAUUCGAGUUGUUUCAGCGGCCCGUACUGAACAGAAGAUUGUUGUACGUGCUGCUGGAAGGUGUCGUCGAGACUCUAUUCCCACAGAACAAUCUAGUGACAGUUUUCAGGAAGCUUUAUUCGGUAUCACCGAGGGUGAGGAGUAAGAGUAAAGCAAAGUCCUGAUGGAAGAAUAGGACGGAUUGAUAUCCGAAUGCAAUGGUGUGAGAGCGACUAUGCAGUCGAAAGAAAAUCCUAUUAGGGAUUAAGAGUUUCGACUUCAUUAUCAAUCUUCAAUAAAAUGCAUCUCUUUUUAGGUAGCUUAGAGAUUUACGAUAUUAAAAAAUACUCGUGCAAAGUGUCCACAAUAUAAAGAAACAUAUUUAAGAUAGAAAGAUCUGACAUAUUUAAGAUAUUAAGAUCUGUGCCUUUAACCUAUUGAGCUCUUAUUUUAUUUUACUCUUUAUUUUCUUUGCGGUAAAACAUAUUUAAAAAUUGAUAAAAUACUAUUUCUCUCUU